UUUGGCACGUGAUAUAGGUUAAUGUUGAAACUUGUUUCAUAAUGUCGUGCAUACAAUCAUUAUACGAAAAAACAUAUGGUAUUAAGGGGUAAUUGGCCAACAUGUCAUCAUUAUCAUCAUCAUCAUCAUUUCAGAAUCAAUUAAUUUAUAUUAGAGAUAGAAGAUGGUCAGCACGAUCAAGAUGUGGAUGGACAUAUAAAUAAACCAAGAAAUAUGAACACAAAUUGCAAAGAAAGCUGAAGGUGAUGUCCCUAUGACAAUAAUGGACAGCCCCAAAAUCCUAGUCAAGAAGAGCUCACAAAAAGAAAAGCAUACUGUGGUUGAUCCAAUGACACUUGAAGAUUCUUCUUUCAAUCAUGGAUUCUUUGAGACUUCUCAUACAAUUUUUAGCACAACUAUGGCAUUUCUACCACUACGACCUCUGAAACCGAAAUUCUUGAGUCAUAGUCUUCCAAAUUCGGCUAACUCAUCGCCAGGAUUAACCUCGGCUAUGUUCAAGAAGAAUACAAAAGUUGCGAUUUGGGAAUCACGACAUCAAGCUAGUAACUUGACACUCAAGGAUCAUCAUCUGCAACAAGAGAUCAACUUAAGAAGAAGCAAAUCAUGGGGUGAACGAUGGGAUUAUGAGCUCUCGGAUGAACUCGAUCUUUGGUUGCUCAAAUCGUCUAUUGCCAAACAUGCUAACAGGUCUCCUCUUAACGAGAUUCAAUCCAUUAGUGCUGGUAUAAUCGUUUCUAACGAGUCUUGUGGUAGUUUCUCCAAAGAAAAACCUCUUGAUAGAAAUCUUUCCGGUGGCGACGGUUCGUUGGAACCUGAAGAGGGAUUCAAAUGCAAUGCUCUUUGCUUGCACUUGCUGAGUUUUGGAAAAUCAAAGCAACUUAAGGAAAGAAAGAAAGGGCAAGAAAUGGAAGGUGCAUUAGUAUCUAGAAGAGUCUCUUUGGAGAAGUUUGAAUGUGGUUCUUGGGCUUCUUCAACUCUAUUUCAAGAGAUUGAAGGAAGGGAUUCUAAGAGUACUAGUACCUACUUUGACCUACCAAUGGAAUUGAUCAAAUGGAAUGCCAAUGAUGUAGAUGCACCAAUUUCAUCAGCUUUUGUCUUUGAGAAGGACCAUGAUAGGGUUCUCAAUAAUGGAUCCUCUAGAACAAGCCUUGACUCUCAAGAAUCCUACAUUAGUCCUCGGUUAAGAAAAGCCAGAGAGGAUUUUAAUGCUUUCUUAGAAGCACAAAAUGUAUGA